UGCUGCCUCGAAUGUUUAGCUCCAAGCCUUCAAGUACCGUAGGUAGUUAGGCAGUUCCAACGAUUGCUUCGAGUGACACAGUAGCUGUUUGCGUAAUACCAUCGAGUCCAAAUUUGUGGCCUUUUGCUAUUCUGUUCAGGCAAUCUUCGUUACUAAAUGUUAACUAAGAUGACCGCGAAAAAAGGACUAGAAUUUUUGCGAGCUGUAUCAAGUUACAUGACGAAAACAAACGGAUACGACCGUUGCUUGCAGCAGCUCAAAAUGGUGAGCGGUGGCGAUGGUAAGUGCACAGCGGAAUUCACCGUAGCUGAGGAACACUUGAAUCGCGCCGGAGGACUGCACGGUGGCUACACGGCUACCAUAGUGGAUGUCGUUACGACCUAUGCGCUGAUGACUAAGGACAACUGCUUACCGGGCGUGUCGGUCGACAUCCACCUGAGCUACCUAAAGGGAGCUCGGGAAGGCGACGAAAUAGUAAUCGAUGCUAACACAAUUCGGGCUGGAAAGAACUUGGCUUUCCUGGAGUGCGAACUGCGACACAAACGGGACAAUUCCAUCAUUGCUCGAGGACAGCACACCAAGUUUAUCGGGACUGGUGGUGGAAAGUCCUAAGUGGGGAUGUGUGAGUGGGCAUACAGGUAUUUGUUUUUAGUCAAACAGGGUAGGAAAUUCUUUUUAGAAUGUAGGAAAAUAAAUAGAUUCAA